AUGACAGGCGACUGCGGAGACUCGUGCCCCUACCCGGGGGGCUUUACCUCCUACUCGCCUUCGGUAAUUGGGAGUGCCAUCUUUCUGGUAGCCUUUGCGCUGCUCGUGCCUCUGGCCUUGUACCAAGGCUUUCGUUUCAAGACGCCUUUAUUCGCGUCGACUCUAGCGACCGGUCUUCUCCUCGAGGUCUUGGGCUUCGCUGGAAGAUUGAGGCUCCGAAAUGAUACCGCCAGCGGGACUUCAUUCUCCCUUUGGCUCAUCGGGGCCAUCUUGGGCCCUACUCUCAUCGCAGCGGCCAUAUGUCAGAUCCUUCCCCAUGUCAUCGCCCUCUACGGUCUCGGCAUUGGCUUUACCCGGCCAAGAGUGGCUGUCUUGUUCCUCAUCUUCGCUCUUGCUCUCGUCAUUGCAUUGGAAAUUGCCGGGGUUGUCUCAGCUGUUUUUGGGCUCGGAGGUGUACAGACACCGUCGAUUCUUCUGGCCGGCUUAGGCGUUCAGAUUUUGGCGUUGCUGCUCUUCGUCGGAUUGUUCCUCUGGUUCACCCAGAAGCUUCCUGACCCGAAACACAUUGCCGUGUACCAAGCACCGCGUUUUAAGAACUUCGUCAAGAUGAUACCAGCAGUCGCUGUCGUCUUGGUGGGGCACACCAUCUAUCGCCUCGUUGAGUUCUGGGACGGACUCGAUAGCCCUCUUCAGCGGUCGGAAGCCGCUUCACUGGUCAUCGGAGGUGCUCUGCCAUUCCUCGUCGCCUCAGUCUUAUGCGUAUACCAUCCUGGUGCAUCUUUCGGUCGAGCGUGGGGCCUGACAUCGCCGCGAUAUCGAUCUUUAUCACUGAGGUCGCGCCGCGGUGCUCCGUCGCCUCUGCAGUCGCCAACUGCACCUUGGGACGACCACAAAGGACCCCGUCAGCCGGGAUUCACUGCCACCCGGUUCCCAGACAAGAAGAUGUCGCCCGUCGGAGUUGGCCCAGUUCCCUUGAGAGAGUCAACAAUGGCAAGCAAGGUUGCCGGUAGUCCUGGCAAUAGAUCGGUCACCUACCCAAGCCCCAUUGCUUCGACACACAAGUUGAGUCCCAUCGGCUCACAACAUAAAAUGAGUCCAACCUUCCAGGGCACUCAACAGCCGACAAAUCCCAAUCGCUACAGCAACACCAAGCCCAACGCAAAGCCGAUGGUAAAUAGUGAAGAACUGUGGUAG